CGCGCGGGGCCGCGGCCGCUCCUGGGCCGUCCGGGCGCGCUACGCGUGGUGUCGUGGCGUGCUCCUCCCACGGUGCGCCUGGCCGCCGAUGCCCAGGUUGCACGACCACGUCUGGAGCUGCCCAAGCUCCGGCGCUGCGAGGCCGUACAGCCUCCCGCGAGGCAUGAUUGCGGCAGCUCGCUGUCCGCAGGGCCCCGGAGCCACAGAGCCCUCGCCCCGGGUCCAGCGAGCGGGAACGGCAGGAUGCAGCGCGCGGCCUGGCAGCUGGCACCACGACCUGGUGCAGCGGAGCCUCGUGCUUUUCUCGUUCGGUGUGGUCCUGGCCCUGGUGCUCAACCUGCUGCAGAUCCAGCGGAAUGUCACGCUCUUCCCCGACGAGGUGAUCGCCACCAUCUUCUCCUCUGCCUGGUGGGUGCCCCCGUGCUGUGGCACGGCAGCCGCUGUUGUCGGCCUACUGUACCCCUGUAUUGACAGUCACCUUGGAGAACCUCACAAGUUCAAGAGAGAGUGGGCCAGCGUCAUGCGCUGUAUAGCGGUGUUCGUUGGCAUAAACCACGCCAGUGCCAAAUUGGAUUUUGCCAAUAAUGUCCAGCUGUCCUUGACAUUAGCAGCCCUGUCUUUGGGCCUGUGGUGGACGUUUGACCGCUCCCGAAGUGGCCUUGGGCUCGGGAUCACCAUCGCCUUCCUAGCUACGCUGAUCACUCAGCUUCUUGUGUAUAAUGGUGUCUACCAGUACACAUCCCCAGAUUUCCUCUAUAUUCGCUCCUGGCUCCCGUGUAUAUUUUUCUCAGGUGGCGUCACAGUGGGAAACAUAGGACGGCAGUUAGCUAUGGGUGUUCCGGAAAAGCCUCAUAGUGACUGAGCUUCAGGGCAUGGUUCAGAGUGGAAGCAGGAUGCGGAGACACUGGUCCUGGGUGUGAUGAAGACUCUUUUUCCUCAAUGUCCAUUUAGACUGGACUGAUGAUGACAGAUGACUCCUGAAGACGUGUUCACAUGGUCUAGACUAGCAAAUGGAGGCAAGACCACUCACCUAAGUCUUACCUUGCUCACCCACCCUCACGGCUGUCUGCACUGGAACAUUCCAUCCCAGGCUGUAUGUGAGAGUGGGGUGGGGGGCCAGUUUCCUGAGUAUUAGAUUUCAUUCAUCAUUCAAAGCAAGUUGCCAUAUUUCAAAGCCUUGAAUCAAAAUGAACUACCAAUCUGCAGUUUUGUGUCAGUGCCCAAAGGAGGGAGGCUGAUGGUGCUUAACAGACAUGAAGUAUGUGUAGUAAGAGUAUUUAUCCAGAGUUAAAAUAGGGUUGUGUAAAAGGGAGCGGAGAGAAGAGCAGCAGUGAGUUGGAGGAAGAUCAUGCUCCCAGGAGGUCCCAGUGCAGCCACAUCUCCAGGUCAUGCUCAGGCAGGCGCUCACAUGUGGGUCUCAACAGUGUGGGACUAUGCUUUUCACUGCCAGGGGUUUGUAGACAAUCUUGCUGAGAGCCAAGGGCAGCACAAAGUCAUGAUUCUGCACUGUGAUGCUGGACUUUUCUCCUCAAUUUAAAUGGAGUUUUGUCCGCAGUUGGGACAUCUAAGAGUGAGUAGCUGUCUGCGCUGUUUCAGUCGUAACGAGCCGAAAUUGUUUCUGUCACUCCAAAGUGGAGAGGACUUUUCCACAGCCCUAUGGACCUUGCAAUCUGUGAUUGCCUUGUAAAAGGUUGAGUGCGCACGUCACUGCAUUAAACACGCGGUGUCCUGUAUGCGUUGAAUGGCAUAGACCAUGUGGGACCUAAUUUGCAAGUAUUGGGUCUUCGACUUCAAGUGCAAUGUGUAUGAAAACCAAUCUGAGCCUUGUAUUCUCUUAAAUAUUUAUUUUUUUUUUUGGUUUUUUUUUUUGUUUUUUUUUUUUUUUUUUUUUUUUUUUUUUACCGCGUGAGCUGUUCCAGAGAAGGGUUCUCGGGUCAUUUCAGAGGUGCGUGGAGGCGAGCUCAGCAAUACUCGUGUCAGCGUGAUGCUCCCUCAGUCACACCCUCCACUGCGCCCCAGUCCUCAGACAUACUCCAGUUUUGUGAGUUUAGUCAUUUUUACUUACAAAUUUACCUUUUUUUUGUAUUCUACAAUGUAAGUGUUUUUGGUUUGUUUUAAAUUCUGUGGAACUGACUCGAUGACGCAGAAGUUGGUCCCCAGGCAGGACAGACACUUGGUGCCUGUGUGGACUUCCGGGUUUGGGUUCCUUCACAUGCUGAUGCUCAUUGGGGUUUUGCUUAGUUUGUUUUGAGGAAAGUGUAGGGAGUAAACUGGUUUUCUGAAACUACUUUGGUUAAGAGUAAAUGAGUUGUUCUGGACUUUGGAGCAAUCCUUAAAAUUUCCUGGAAAUAAAAACAAAUGGUUCUUCGAAGGCGUUCCUCAGCAAAUACUUCAGUGUCUUAGGAAAACCAGAAGCUACUUGAAGGAAAGCGAGUGAACUUGGUGAUGUACUUGAUUGUAUAUGAUUUUUUUCUCUUCAACUGGAAAUAAAUCUAUUAGAAAUAAUGUAGCCAAAAAAUGUGAAUCCGAAGGAUGUUUUUGCCAGUAGUUUAUAGCAGGUACACUGAACCAAAGUGGUCGAAUUUAUAAAACUGGUAAUUAGUCCAACCACACCCGCUGUCCCCGAUCCAAACACCCAGCGAGGUUUGCGUCCGUGCUCAGUUUGCAGCAUUGUGUUCUUUUGCAUUUUUUUUUUUUUUACUUUUAUUAAAGGUUCAAAACCA